AUGCGGUGGCGCGGCGCGACACUUUUGCUCACUUGCUGCGCCUUCGUAUUGGGGUUGCUGGGAUUCCUGUUCGCUUGGAAGAGCGAUUCUCCCCCCCGCACCGAGUUCCGGCGUUCGUUGUCGGCACCUCGCAACCCUGGGGAUGGUCUUCCUCCUAAAACGUCAGACUCGCAACUCGAUGUGAUCCAAGCCGACGACAUCUAUUCUCCGCCUUCGUCGAAUGUAGAAGAGGUCUUGGUCGAUGCCAGUUCGAUCGAUUUAGAACGCGAUGUGAUGCCCAUUUUCGAAUCAAAUUGCUUCGAGUGUCACAGCGGUGAAUCGCAGGAAGGCGAACUGGAUAUCAUCGGCAUCUUGGCCGAGACCCCUUGGGUUCGUAACCGCGAGCAGUGGGUCAAGAUUAGUCAGUACCUCGCUCUGGGAGCCAUGCCUCCACAAGACUACGCACAGCCUACGCCCGAGGAACGGGCGACAGUCGUGGCGUGGAUUGAUCGGAUGCUAGAAACCUUCGACUACGAAACCGUCAGGUCGCCGGGGUUCGAGGAGGCACACCGGCUGAGUCAUCACGAAUACGAUGCGACCGUUCGAGACCUGCUCGCUGUCGAUCUGAAUCUGGUCGAAAAGUUUCCCGAUGAGAAUUCGGGAACUAGCGGGUUCGACAACAGCGCGAACACCUUAUUCUUGCAGCCGCUGCUGUUGGAGCGAUAUUUCGCCGCUGCCGAAGAGUUGCUCGACGCGGCUACACGAGGAACUCCGCCCGCCUCGCCGGUUCUGGCUCGAAUGAUGAGCCAACUGUCUGACGUCGGUGGUUCUUCUGAGAGCGAGAAAGUCGGUGCCGUCUUUCAGGAUUUCAUGCUCCGUGCGUAUCGUCACCCGCCGACCGAAGAGCAAGUACAGCGUAUAGCCGACUACUACAUGCAACAACGCGAGAGCGGGGUUUCGACAAGCAAGUCGCUUCAAGCAGCGUUGUCUCUAGUGCUUGUCGCUCCAGAGUUUUUGCUACGAGUAGAGACGCCAGCAACUGAAACGGAAUACCACAUCUCCGAAUGGGAUCUGGCCAGCCGACUAUCUUAUUUUCUGUGGGCAUCGAUGCCCGAUGAACAACUGUUUUCUCUCGCGAAAGAAGGUCGACUAAGUCAACCCGCAGUGCUGGCCAGCGAAGUGGACCGCAUGUUGGAAGAUCCUCGUUCCGACACACUCGGCACGACCUUCGCCGCACAAUGGCUAGGGUUUCAACAUCUAGGAUCACGUGUCCGCCUCGAUCCUACGGACAAUCCUUGGUGCACCGAAACACUGAUGCAAGCGAUGCGUGACGAGUCAGCUUCGUUCUUCAACUCGCUGGUGCGUGAGAAUGAACCUUUAGAGCGUUUGAUCGAUGCCGACUACACGUUCCUAAAUGAAGAGUUGGCCAAGCACUAUCGCAUUCGCUUUGUUCAUGGAGAGGAGAUUCGCCGUGUCCAACUGAAAGAUGACAAACGCGGUGGCAUCUUCGGGCAGGGAAGCCUCUUGGCAGUCACUUCGUUUCCCGAUCGUACAAGCCCCGUCGUUCGUGGGAAGUGGAUCUUGGCGACCGUGUUGGGCACCCCACCCCCUCCACCGCCGCCAAAUGCCGGUCAGUUAGACGAGAACGAAGAAGGCGAUGAGGAAAGACAAAUCCUAUCUUUGAGAGAAAAACUAGCGAUCCACCGAAGCCAGGCAGAGUGCUCAAUUUGUCACGACCAAAUCGAUCCCCUAGGAUUGAGCCUAGAGCACUAUGACAAUUUUGGCCGCCGGCGUAGAUCGACGGAGUCCGGAUCAAUCGACUCUACCGGGCAACUUCCCAACGGUACAAAGUUUGCCGACUUGCCCGGGCUACGGCGGGUAAUUGUUGAACAAAGGAUGGACGACCUGGCAAGACAGAUCACACUCAAGAUGCUGUCCUACGCGCUCGGGCGUCAAAUCGAAUACUACGACGAAGCAAGCCUACAAGAGAUACUCCAUCAGUUCGAGCAAGACGAUUACCGCUUGCGGUCACUCAUUCACGCCAUCGUGAAGAGUUAUCCGUUCCAGUACAAACGCCUGGGAGCCUCGCUUGCGUUGCCGUUGCUCGAAGUAAUGGACGCUGAGGCCGGACAAGGUCCCUCAAAACCGACACCCCGCCUGGCGUUCAUCUACUUUCCCAAUGGAGUUGCUGACGGGGUUUGGGAACCAGAACAGGUUGGGCCCGCAGGUGAAUUACUCAAACUAAAUCGAUGGAUGAGCCCGCUUGAAGCGUUUCGCGACGAUAUUGUCAUUCCGCGAAAUAUGUGGACUCCGUUGGGAAACGGCCACGGCGCCGGCACCGCAACUUGGCUUACCGGGCAUGGGUUCGACGAACGGCGUAUUGACGUUGGCGGUCCCUCGGUCGAUCAAAUUGCUGCUCGCGAAAUUGGCCGAGACACUCCCCUGCCCUCGCUUGAACUUUCGCUACAGGGAAUGGGGUCGUAUGCCAAGGAUCUUCCCAGAAACAAUAUCUCUUGGACUGAUGCUUCAACCCCUUGUGCCCGCGAGGUUGAACCAAGACGCGUUUUCGAUCGCGUCACAGGCCGCACAGGAGGAACACUGGCGAACCGCAGUGUUUUAGAUCUUGUGCUCGAAGACGCACGAAGCCUCCAAAAUCGAGUUAGCACUGCCGAUCGCCGCAAAGUAGGCGAAUACCUGGAAUCGAUUCGCGGUCUCGAGCGACGACUCGACUUCGCCGAGGCACAAACAACAAGAGUCGAUCGCGAACAAUUGCUCACCGACAGCCUCCUGCGUCCGAAAGCUGGCAUCCCGAGCGAACAUAAAGAAUACGUCCGCCUGAUGAUGGACAUGAUUGUGCUGGCGUUCUGGUCAGACGCCACUCGGGUUUGCACCUUCAUGCUGGAUCAUGGCCAGACGAACCGAUACUUUAAUUUCCUCAAUGGAGUGCAGGGAACAUGGCACGCACUUUCCCACUACAAAGAUAUCAGUGGUCGCAGCGAUGAUGACGACGGCAAAAUCUCGUGGGAAUCGGAAGCCUCGAAAGAAGAGAUGUUCAACGAGGUCGUGAAAUGGCACCACGAGCAAGUGGCCUACCUUUUGGGGCGACUGAAACAAGUGAACGACGGUUCUGGCAGUCUGCUUGAUCACUCAAUGUUGCUCUACGGGUCGAGUCUUUCGAACGGUUACUAUCACGACCCCAAGAAUAUUCCGAUUGUUCUUGCUGGGCGUGGUGGAAGAGCAAUAACCUCUGGGCGAGUACUUCAGCAAAGCGAGUUAACUUCGAUGUCGCGUCUGUACCUUUCCAUGCUACAGGGGCUAGGGAUUACAAUCGAUCGCUUUGCCGAAACUGAUCACCCCCUUGAGCACCUUGAAGCAUGA